UUGCUUCCCUUUGUCUAUAGAGAGAGAGAGAGAGAGAGAGAGAGAUGGGCAUCUACAAAUUCAGGCUAUCAGAGAUGAUACCCAAUGCCUGGUUUCACAAGCUGAGAGACAUGGAGAGAGCAAGAAGCCGCCACCACCACCACAAGAACCCUCCCUCCAAACCCAAGAAAAAGCAACCACCCACCACCACCGCCGCCGCCGCCGCCACCAUCAACCACGACGACCGCCACUCUCUUCCAAGAAAGUCUUACUACUUCACCAGAGAUCUCCAUCCAGAUCAAAACUUCCAAGACCACUCACAGCCCCAUUCUCACUUUCCUCAUGACCCACCAAGGGAUAUACCAUCCAAACAAGACCCAAAACCAGUCCAUUGUUCCUUUGCUCAUGCCAACCCAGCUCAUGAUGACGUCACCUCCGAUGUCUUCCCGGCGGCGGUUCUGCCUCAGCCUCUCCCUACUACCCAAGAGUUCCGUCUGGACCGCCUUCUCGUCGCCGAGUCGCCGCCGCUCGGCAAGACGACUUCGUGUUCCUCCUCCUCUUCUUCCUCCACCUGCAGCAAUGGAGUCAACUCUAUCUUCGGCAGUGACACCAUCAUCCGCGUGGAUCACCAUUCUUUCGACAAGGAACCCAAAAAGCCGCACUCAAAGCAGGACUCGUUUUCGCAGCUUCAGCUUCCUCCCAUCGUGACGAAGCCCAAGUUCAUGCACAGAAACAGCUCAGCGAAGCAAGAAGAGAGCAAUAUCUCAGCGAAAGAACAGCACAAGACCGGUCCAAGAAGACGAUCUUCGGCGAAUUAUUCUCAUUCUCCGGGAGUAAAGCUGAAGACCAAGUCGCCGAGACUACUAGCGAAGAUAAAGCUCGAGAGCCACACUCGGAGGAGCUCGCCGGCAGCAGCGCUCAAUCCGACACGGUUCGGAAACAGCUUCGCGGUAGUGAAGUCGUCAUCGGACCCGGCGAGAGAUUUCAGAGAGUCGAUGGUGGAGAUGAUCGUGGAGAACAACAUCAAGGCUUCCAAGGACUUGGAAGAGCUUCUCACUUGCUAUCUCUCGCUGAAUUCAGAUGAGUAUCAUCACGUCAUUGUCGAUGUGUUCAAGCAAAUUUGGUUCGAUCUGAGUGAUAUGUCCGGUUUGAAGGAACUGAUAAAUUAUUAGGUUGGUUAGAUUUAACUUUGACUUUUGAUAUAAGGCUUAUUACAAGGUUCCUUAAGUACGAAAUCUUGCAAAUUUGCAUUCUGAAGACUGAUUCUGGAAAUCGAUUUCUACCAUGACGAGCUCAAUUCGGUGUAUAUCUGUUGGAUGGUAUACGUGACAUACUUGCCUAAAUAUCUAAUAAUCUCUGUAAGUUCACUUUAUGAAGUGACUAAUAACUUCAAAUACGAUUAUGCCGGAUGCAGGAAGGAGAAGUACCUUUUGCCAUUAGGUGUUAGAAA